ACCACUACCAUCUGCAUCAUCUGCAUCGCGCGAGCUUCCCCAAGCCUCAUACGCUCAGCCUCGCUAUCGACUUCACAGCUUGGAGGUGUCGCAAGAGGACCACACCUUCCGGCCGCCGGGCAUGACGAGCUCCUAGGCGCAGUCAUGUCCCUCGACAUCAACAACGGCUUCCUUGCCGGCGCCAACCAGAGCGCCCCGGCCGAUGACGAGCUGCCCAUCUUCACCGUCGAGCGUGUCCAGCUUCAGUUCUCUAUCGCGGCGGACUUUGUCGCCGCUCAGGUCGCCAACAAUGUCAUCAUCCUGGCCCUGUCCAACGGCCGUAUCCUGCGCAUCGACCUGAAUCGGCCGGAAGACAUUGACGACAUUGACCUCCCCAAGAAAACCUCCGACGUCGGCGUCAUCCGUCGUAUGUUCCUCGACCCCACGGCGUCCCACCUCAUCGUCUGUACGGCCCUCGGCGAGAACUACUAUCUGCACUCGCAGUCGAAGACCCCCCGGCCGCUGGGCAGGCUGCGUGGCGUGGCUAUCGAGAGCGUAGCGUGGAACCCGUCGCUGCCAACUGCCAGCACGAGGGAGAUCCUACUCGGCGCGUCUGAUGGCAACAUCUACGAGGCCUUUAUCGAGACGUCCAACGAGUUUUACAAGAAAGAAGUCAAGCACCUCAAGAACCUGCAUAAGCUUCCAGAUGGCGCAAUCACAGGUUUGUGGGUGGACAAUUUGAAUGGAAAGUCGGACAUCAGGCGGGUGGUGAUUGCGACGCAGAAUCGGCUGUUCCAUCUUGUCGGCCGAAUUGGCCACGGGCAUGAUGGGACCGGCUCUGUCUACACGCGACUGUUUGAGUCUGAGCAACCGGUGGUGCACGAGCUUUCGCGGACGCAGCCGGGGUCCUAUUCCACUCUUGCCGUGUCUCCGGACCCGCCCGAGACGAACCCGUAUGCAGAAGACACCCCGGAUCGGGCAUACGCGUGGUUAUCCUCGCAGGGCGUGUUCCACGGCAAGUUGCUCAACGUGCCGACCGACAAUAGCUUGGGAUCGAGGGUGUUUUCCGAUUCCAAGAUGCUGUCGAGAGCUCAGAUUAUCGCACCGGAGUCCUCUGGCAGGCGACGACCAGGAUCGGAGACCGUUGAUGCCUUGGCGCUCACGCAGUGGCAUAUCGUCAGCCUGGUCGGGGGACGCGUCAUCGCUACCAACCGGCUCACAGGCGACAUGGUGUCGGAGCACGACGUCUUGGGUGCCGGUCAGCGCCCUAUUGGUUUUUCGGUGGACAUGCAGAAGAACACUUUUUGGCUGUUCACAUCGGAGGAGAUAUAUGAGAUUGUCGUGCGUGACGAAGAUCGCAACAUCUGGGAAAUCAUGAUGAAGAACAAGCAGUUCGAACCGGCUUUGCGGCAAGCUAACACACAGAAGCAGAAGGAGACGGUAGCGGCCGCGUACGGCGACCACCUGGCUAAGAAGGGCCAUUGGAACGAGGCAGCAACGGUUUACGGGCGGAGCAACAAGCCGUUCGAAGACAUCGCGCUGAGCAUCAUCGACAAUAAUCAGCAGGAUGCCCUGCGCCAGUUCCUGCUGACCAAGCUGGCAACGACGAAGAAGUCUGCAAUUAUGCAGAGGAUGAUGGUGGCUGGUUGGCUGGUAGAGGUAUUCAUGUCAAAGCUGAACUCUCUGGACGACACUAUCAUGACCCAGGCUGAGCUGGCGGAGAACCUCAACACUGCCGAGUCAAGGAAGCUACUGGAGUCUGUGAGGAAAGAGUAUCAAGACUUUAUCACCAAGUACAAGAACGACCUGGACCGCAAGAUGGUUUACGAUGUCAUCAGCAGCCACGGCCGAGAGACGGAGCUCCUCUUCUUUGCCAACACCGUCAAGGACUAUAACUACGUACUUUCGUACUGGGUCCAGCGAGAGAGGUGGGACGAGGCUCUGAAUGUGCUCAAGAAGCAGACGGAUCCCGAGGUGUUCUACCGCUACAGUAGCGUGCUGAUGACACACGUCGCACAAGAGACAGUGGACAUCUUGAUGCGGCAGGCGGACCUCAACGCUCGGAGCCUCAUUCCGGCAUUACUUGAGUACAAUCGCAACUUCAGCGGUGAUGCCAACGUGCAGAACCAGGCCGUUCGGUAUUUAAACUACGUUGUCUUCCAGCUCAACUCCAAGGACGCGGCGGUUCACAACACGCUCGUGUCCAUCUACGCUUCACAUCCGUCCAAGGAUGAAUCGGGUCUCUUGUCAUACCUCCAGGCUCAGGGUGAGGAGCCGAGGUACGAUCCGGACUUUGCUCUACGGCUGUGCAUCCAGCACCACCGGACACUAUCCUGCGUGCACAUCUACACCAGCAUGGGCCAAUACCUGCAGGCCGUGGACCUGGCGCUGUCUCACAACGAGAUUGAGCUUGCCUCGGUGAUUGCUGACCGUCCCAUGUCGAACCCUCAGCUACGAAAGAGGCUCUGGCUGGCAGUGGCAAGAAAGGUCAUCUCGAGGUCUGACGGCAUCAAGGCGGCCAUUGAGUUCCUCAAGCGCUGCGACUUGCUAAAAAUUGAGGACCUGAUACCCUUCUUCCCGGACUUUGUUGUGAUCGACGACUUCAAGGAGGAGAUUUGCGGGGCGCUCGAGGACUACAGCCGCAACAUCGACAGUCUCAAGAAGGAGAUGGAUGAGUCGUCGCAGACGGCGAGCAAUAUCAAGAUGGAUAUUGCCGCGCUAGACCAUCGGUACGCGAUUGUGGAGCCCGGCGAGAAGUGCUAUGUCUGCGGACUGCCCCUGCUGAGCAGGCAAUUCUUCGUCUUCCCCUGCCAGCAUUCGUUCCACUCGGACUGCAUGGGCCGGAGGGUGCUCGAGCAGUCGGGCAUGAGCAAGUCAAGCAGGAUUAAGGAACUGCAGAUGCAGGUCCACAAGGGCCUCGUUAGCGGUGCCAGGAAGGAGGCCGUGGUGGCCGAGCUCGACUCGUUGGUAGCCUCGGCAUGCAUCCUCUGCAGCGACUUUGCCAUCAAGCGGAUAGACGAGCCAUUCAUCACGAGCAACGAUAAUGUGGGGGAGUGGGCGCUGUGAUUGAUGCAUGACCGCGAAGACGCUGCGAUGAUACCCUGUUUAUUAUCCAACCACACGAGAUGCGGAAGACAUGAAUACACUAGACGAUGUUGCUUCGGCGACUGUGGGCUUGAGACAUGCGCGUAUCCUGUUCCCAUCCCAUACACACCUCAUCUGUUUCUUUAGUAUUUGCAGACGGUAGCCCCCAAUGUCGCUCGCGAGUACAUCAUGACGGCCACGACGCCGCCGUACAAGCCCAACACUUCGGCAAAGAUGAGGAUGAGCACCAUGCCGACGUACAGCCGAGGCUGCUGCGUGCUCGCACGCACUGGAGAGUGCGACCGCACAUGAAAUUAGCAACGAGACGGGUCUUGACAAACGGCGAGCAAGCCUCCCCCAAAAGAAGAAGAUGGAACAAACAAACAAGAGCCUUUGUGGGAAGGGGGGGGGGAAGGGAGGUUUGCCACGUACCGCCCGAGUCCCCGACGAUGCCAAUGGCAAAGCCAGCUGCCAACCCGCACAGGCCGACGGACAGGCCCGCGCCGAGCUGCAGGAAUCCGGUGUAGAUGGGCAUCUUCUCGUAGAUUUGGUUCGCGAUAAUGACGCUGAUGACGAGGCCGUAUAUGGACAGGAUCUGGGCCAUGAUGGCACAUAGUCUUGACGGUAUGGUACGGGUGGUCAGCAUGCGCUCCCGGUCCACCCGGGCAGAGAAGAAGGGAGGCAAGCAACAAAGAAGGUCCCGAAGCAAGGGGCAAGGGGGGCAACGCACACGUUCUGCAUCAGGCGAUCGGGGCGGAGGACGCCCGAGGCAAAGAUGGCGAUGGCCGACUUGGCGGUCCCGUACGAGGCGCCAAAGGUGCUGAAGACGAUGGCGGCGGCGCAUCCCAUGGCACCGAAGAAG